AUGAGAAGGUGGCCCACGGCUCUUACACGGGAAUUGGAGGGGUUCAAAUAUACAUUUAUCAAGCUUGCUUUCAAACCAAACUUCCGACUAAGCGACGCUGGCCCACAAGGUGAAGAUGCGAUUAAAGCAUGGAAAACCACCCUCCACGAAAUCUUUUUCCUAGGGGGUGGUCCGCCUUGUUGGGAUGGAUUGCGUUCCGAGACGCAUUGGGGCAGAAUAUCAGGAACACAGAACGAAAUACUGAUUGCAACAGGCCGCGCUGGGCCUGAUAUGGCUACCCUCUACCCACCACCACUUAUAUCAGCGAAUGGCGAGCCAAAUGUAUUUCUGCCUCUUGCACGAUUUCUCAUUACUGCUCCCAAAAUCAUCAACGUGUGUUGGCAGUUCCCGUUGUUCUCUCCAACGGUUGAGAGGUGGAAUUUUGCAUGUGAUUUAAAUCUGUUCCACUUGCCUGUCACGGAUGGUGGAAAAGAAACGGACCUUGUUCGUUGGCUAGACCAGGCUACAAUCAUUCCUGUUGGUCACGAAUCUGGCACAGAUAUGGAGUCCUUCAAUCGUGGUGUACUUUAUUCACGCGAGGGUGUUGCACGAAGUCUUGAAAGGGACAAAGAUCACGAUGGGCUCGAAAACAAGGAGACGUAUGUGCAUUGGACACACUGGAAAAACAGAGAGGUGAGUGAAAGUUACAAGAAUCAUGCUCAGAAGAAUAUGGGCCUGGGUACGUCAUUGCCUGAUGACGCGUACGAAAUCUUCAUUAGUCAAAAAUUUGCGCUCGUGGAAAGACAAGAUGGCGUCAUUCGUGAAGAGAUUCAAGUUGAUUUCAAAAGAUGGAUGGAAAUCUGGGCAGGAGACGUUGAGUUUGCAGCAGAAUAUCCGGGGAGCGUCCCGACACAUGAACCCCACGGCAAGGAUUGCCACCAAUGUGCACCCUGGGCGGGAUAUUUGGAGAAUUCUUGGAGCAGAGCUUCCACCUGGCCGGAUUUUAACAACGAUCCACCUUAA